CAGCUAGUCUUCUCUACACAUAUCCUGAGAAGAGGGGACCGUUUGGCACUGCUUCUGGUGGGGGAAUGAGAAGUUGGAUGGGACCUCAGCUGAGAACUGUUUACCUUGGCCUCCACCUGUACCUAAGGCUCCUGGAUUUUACCUUUCAAGAGAGACAAAAUGUCCUUUCCGUUGUCAAUCCUGACCUGCCUAGCCCUGCUUAUUUCUGGUUCCUGUGAAUUCUCCAAUGAAACAAAUCCUUCUAGAAGCUAUCCUUGUGAUGAGAAAAGGCAAAAUGUUUCUGUGAUUGCAGAAUGCAACAAUCGUCACCUACAAGAAGUUCCUCAAACAGUGAGCAAAUACGUGACGGAACUAGACCUCUCUGAGAAUCUUAUCACACGCAUAACGAAUGAGUCGUUUCAAGGGCUACACAAUCUCACUAAAAUUAAUCUUAACCAUAAUGCCAAUCAGCAGCACCAGAACGAAAAUCCCUGGAUGAAUAAAAAUGGCAUGAAUAUUACAGAUGGCACCUUCCAUCACCUAAGAAACUUGAGAGAGUUACUGCUUGAAGACAACCAGUUAGACAAAAUCCCUGCUGACUUGCCUGAGUCUUUGAGAGAACUCAGUCUCAUUCAAAAUAAUAUAAUUUCAAUAACAAAAAAUGACACUGUGGGUCUUAGGAACUUGGAAAGUCUCUAUUUGGGCUGGAACUGCUAUUUUGUUUGUAAUGAAACAUUUGAUGUGGAAAAUGGGACAUUUGAAGACCUGACAAACUUGAAGGUGCUGUCACUAUCUUUCAAUACUCUUAUUCAUGUGCCACCCAAACUCCCCAGUUCCCUAACGAAACUCUUUUUGAGUAACACGAAGAUCAAAACCAUCCAUCGAGAUAACUUCAUGGGGUUGAGGAAUUUAAAACUGUUAGAUUUAAGUGGGAACUGUCCAAGGUGUUUCAAUGCGCCGUUUCCCUGCACCCCUUGUGCGAAUAAUGCUUCCCUUCAGAUCCAUCCUCAUGCUUUUCGAGAUCUGACCCAACUUCGCUAUCUAAACCUCUCGAGCACGUCCCUGCACAAGGUUCCCUCCAGUUGGUUUGACAACAUGCCUUAUCUGAAAGAGUUGCAUCUUGAAUUCAACUUUUUAGUAGAUGAAAUCGCCUCUGGGGCAUUUUUAACAAAACUGCCCUUCUUAGAAAUACUUGAUUUGUCUUUUAACUACAAGCAGACAGAAUAUCCACAAGAAAUUAAUAUUUCCUCCAACUUCUCUUGGCUUCAUUCUCUGAAAGCAUUACAUUUGAGAGGGUAUGUGUUCCAAGAGCUGAAACAGGAACAUUUCGAGCCCCUUCGGGGUCUUCAACACUUAAAGACCAUCAACUUGGGCAUCAACUUUAUUAAGCAAAUUGAUCUUAGCCUUUUCCAACAUUUACCCAGCCUGAAAAUUAUUUACUUGUCAGAAAACAGAAUAUCACCUUUGGCCAAACAUGACCAGCAGAAUGGCAUAAUGCAAAGGCAUAGCCUGAAACCACGCUCAACUGAUACCAAGUUCGAUCCACAUUCGAAUUUUUAUCACCAAACGACUCCUUUAAUAAAGCCCCAAUGCACCACCUAUGGAAAAGCCCUAGAUUUAAGUUUAAAUAGUAUUUUCUUUAUUGGGAACAAGCAAUUUGAAGGGUUUCAUGACAUCGCCUGUCUCAAUCUGUCCUCCAAUGGCAAUGGUCAGGUUUUACAUGGAACGGAAUUUUCAGCUGUACCUCAGGUCAAAUAUUUGGAUUUGACCUACAAUAGGCUGGACUUUGAUGAUAACAAAGCUCUCACUGAACUGCACAACUUAGAAGUUCUGGAUCUCAGCCACAAUGCCCACUAUUUCAGUAUAGCGGGGGUCACGCAUCGUUUAGGAUUCAUCCAAAAGUUAGCCCACCUCAAGGUUUUAAACUUGAGCUACAACAGCAUUUAUACUUUAACGGAGGAGAAUGAAUUGAAAAGCACGUCUCUAAAGGAAUUAGUUUUCAGUGGAAACCGCCUUGACCUUUUGUGGAAUGCGGGAGAUACCCGCUACUGGCCCAUUUUUAAAUGUCUUAUAAAUCUUAUUCGUCUGGACUUAGCUUCCAAUAAUCUCCAGCGGAUCCCCAAUGAGGCCUUCCUUAAUUUGCCCCAGAACCUCAGAGAACUACAUAUAAACAACAAUAGGUUAAAUUUCUUUGAGUGGUCAUCACUCCAACAUUUUCCACAACUCCGCUUGCUUGACUUAAGUAGAAAUGAGCUCUCUUCGGUAGCUCAUGGCUUAUCUAGCUUUACUCCCUCCCUUCAGACGUUGUUACUGAGGCAGAACAGAAUUUCCCACCUGCCGGCUGGCUUCUUUGCUGAAGCCAGCUCCCUGAUGCACCUGGACUUAAGCUUCAACCUGAUUAAGAUGAUCAACAAAUCCACGCUGCAAACCAAGACCCCCACCAACUUAGCUUUGUUAGAGCUAGGUAGGAACCCUUUUGACUGUACCUGUGACAUCGGAGAUUUUCGAAGGUGGAUAGAUGAAAAUCUGAAUGUCACCAUACCUAGAUUGGUGGAUGUCAUUUGUGCCAAUCCUGGGGAUCAAAGAGGGAAGAGUAUCAUGACUCUCGAACUCACAACUUGUGUUUCAGAUACCAUUGCGGCAGUCUUGUUUUUCUUCACAUUCUUUAGCACGGUCAUGGUUAUGUUGGCUGCCCUGGCUCACCAUUUGUUUUACUGGGAUGUUUGGUUCAUCUAUCACAUGUGUUUAGCUAAGAUCAGGGGCUACAUGUCUCUUUCCACUUCCCAAAACUUCUACGAUGCUUAUGUUUCGUACGACACCAAAGAUGCUUCUGUUACAGACUGGGUCAUCAAUGAGCUGCGCUACCAACUUGAAGAGAGUGAGGAGAAAAACGUCCUCCUUUGUUUAGAGGAGAGAGAUUGGGACCCAGGCUUAGCCAUCAUCGAUAACCUCAUGCAGAGUAUCAACCAGAGCAAGAAAACCAUCUUUGUGCUAACCAAAAAAUAUGCCAAAAGUUGGAACUUCAAAACAGCUUUCUACUUGGCCUUGCAGAGGUUGAUGGACGAGAACUUGGAUGUGAUCAUAUUUAUUCUGCUCGAGCCUGUGUUACAGCAUUCUCAGUACCUGAGGCUGCGGCAGCGCCUCUGCAAGAGCUCCAUCCUCCAAUGGCCUGACAACCCCAAGGCGGAAGGCUUGUUUUGGCAAAGUCUAAAAAAUGUGGUCUUAACUGAAAAUGAUUCACGGUAUAACCAUUUGUACGUUGAGUCCAUUAGGCUACACUAACCAAUAAGUAGUCAGGAUGCAACAGUGUCAUGAAAAAUGCCAAGCAAACCCUUAUCAGUGAGCUAAUGCUGUGUAACAAAUUACCCUUAUACUUAGUGACUUCAAAUGGGGUGCAGUUGUGAGCUCUCAGUCCCGAGAGGUGAAGGAGCCAGGCACACUGUCACUGGGGUCCUCCACUGGGCAGGGUCUCUCAAUCAGGCUACAAUCUAGGGGUUGGAUCCCUUUCUAAGUAGGCCUUUCUGGGGUUCAGAUCCACUUCUGAGCUCAUAUUUAUGUGGUUGUCUUCAGAAUUCAGUGGCUCCUAGGUUAGGCUCCUGGCCUCGGGCUGCUUUCGGUUCCCUGUUAUGUGGAUCUUUCUCACAAGACAGCUUCCUCCUCACAGCCAGCAAGAGAAGGCACUAGCAAAACAAAGUCACAGGCAUGAGGGUUUAAAAAAAAAAACUUGAAUUCUGCUUAGGAAAAUGAUAUCCCAUCGUUUUGGCUUUAUUCUAUUUGUUGGAAGUCAACCUCAGAUUCCUACCAGGACCCAGAAGACGGACCCUCUUACUCCAGGGAAAAGAGGAGAACACCAAAGAAAUAAAGCUGUGAUCAUCUCCGCCUAGGAAAAACAGUGUAUGACUGAGAUAAGUGACUGUCUCAGUCAUCAAUCAUUUCUUCUGUCCCAGGGAUAGCCUGUCCUCUUGGCCAUAGUUUGUAAAUACCAAGAAAGGGAGAGUAUUCUGGCUUACCUUCACAGUCAGCCUGCUUUUGAACUCUUGCCACUGUAACUAAUGGUUCUGACAAUAAGAAGCUAUUUAGAUUUAUCAUAUAUCUAUGGCUAUACGGUGAUCAUGUCUGUGAUGGAUAAUAAUACUUUUACAAUUAUUUCCUAUAACAUUUCAUUGUGAAGAUUUAGAUGGCAUAUAAAGACUGAAUGGAUGGAGAUUUUCUUUGCCUUUUAUUUUGUACCCACUCUUUAAAAUCUAAAUUAAAAGCUUUUAGAGUAUU